AUGGUCAACAAACCUCACGCUCCAAGGAGCACUAACAAGUCGGGCAAGAAGAAUUCUGCGACGGCCGCGACUGCAAAUGGCGAAGAUACGAGCUACAUAGUCUUUGGCAACGGCAAAGACUCGAAGAAGACCAAGAAGAACGACUCGACACCACCACCAGCCGCCAGCAGCUCCUCAGCACCUACUAAGGCCAAAGGCAAGGGUGCUGCCCCCGAACUGGAUGUCGCCGGCGACCCCAUCAAGAAACCCGACACACGAACCUUGAUCGGCGGACAAUCAUGGACAGGAAAACUCCCCGUCAAUAUGCUCUCUGAGCACUGUCAAAAGCAAAAAUGGGAAAAGCCAGAAUAUACCAUGCAUCGCUCGUCCGACCCACCAGGCCAGAUCUCGUCUGUCAUUUUACGCUGGAAGAAUCCAAAGACACAAGAAAUGGUCUCGCUACCGCCCAUGGCGCUUCCUCCUGCGAAAAGGGCUUUGGGUGUGCAAGAGACGGCUGUGGAGGCUAGACAUUUUGCCGCUACUUAUGCCCUAUACCGUGUUGCUAAUGCGAAAAAUUUGCACAUGAUGAUGCCGCCCAACUACCGUGAUCUAUGGAAAGGAGAGUUUGCGGAUAUGAAAAAGGAGGCUACAAAGGAAGGUAUGGGCUGGCUAUAUGCUGCGGAUCCGUUCCAAGCGCGGAAAGAAUGGGAUGAUGAACGAGCCGCGAAAGAUAAGAAGAGGCAAGAAAGAGAAAAGCAGAUAGAAGCCGAGAAAAAGGAUAACAGUACACCAGGCGUCAACAAAAAUCCAGGAAGAGGUUGGACAAGAGCUCCCAAGGUCGAAAUGGGUAAGAAAAUGCGAAGAGAUGUCGAGGCUUUAGUCAGAAAGGCCGCCUCUUGGAAUCCUCAUGGCGUCACUCUUUCGAAUGCCGAGAGGAAGCACAUCGUCCAAGAUUUGACCAAACUCGGAUUUCGUCCUUCUCACGUGGAAGAAGCAGUGGAAAUCUGCAAGGACCGCGAGGAAACUGUCGAAUGGCUAUUGAUCCACGUUCCUGAAGACGAUCUGCCAAAAUGGAGUUUGCCUGAGAAUUACUCUGCUGGUGUUUCGAUGGCUAGUAGCGAUCUUGCCAGAGAGGGUAAACUUAAACGACUUGCGAUCACUGGAUAUGCCAUGGAGCUUUGCGAGGAAGCGCUCGAUGCAUCUUCUGGUAAUGAGGCAGGAGCAGCAGAGAGACUACAGCACAGACUCCUCGGAAGCCUGGACUCCUCAUCUUUGACAUCUGCUGCUGAGAAUCUCGACGUGACCGAUGAAAUCGAUGUGUGGGAAGAAGAGCAAGUUAUUCUGGCUUCAAUCUACAGUGACAGAUACACGUCAACCAAAAUUUCGUGUCAAAUCGUCUUGGAGGUGGCUGAGAAGCCAAAGGAGCGCAUCAUUCUUCAUGCUCGAAAACCUACGGCUGGAUAUCCAAACGUGGUGCCUGUCUUGUCUAUCGAAGCUUCUUUACCAGCAUACAUUCGCUUGAGUAUUUUGAAGCAAGUUCUGCUGCAAGCUCAAUCCGACUUCCUUGGCGAGCAAAUGUUGUUCAAUCUGAUCGACUGGCUCGAACAUGAGAUCCCGAACAUCAUUGCCAAUCCAGGCAGACUAAGCAGUAUUGCUUCUGUCUCUUCUACUUCAGCCGAGCCUGAUGUGGAAACCGCUAGCCGCAGACGCCCGCGCCAGAAACGUAUGCCUAGACCUAUCAAUUGGCAGCCUUCAUCACAACAGAGUCAGAAGAUACUUGCAGACUGGCAAGCCAGACAGACCACUUCUGCACAACAACGAAUGAUGGCAGCAAGACAAUCUCUACCUGCUUGGAAGUUGCGAAAUGCUAUUGUCGAAGCCGUCACGUCUUCUCAAGUCACCAUCAUCUCUGGUGAGACUGGUUCCGGAAAGUCUACCCAAUCUGUUCAGUUUGUUCUUGACGACAUGAUCAGGCAAGGACUUGGAGAAGCAGCAAACAUCAUCUGUACUCAGCCUCGCAGAAUCUCUGCGUUGGGUCUGGCAGAUCGUGUUGCUGAUGAGCGAUGUGUCAAGGUCGGUGAAGAGGUCGGUUAUUCAAUCAGAGGAGAGUCAAAACAGAAGGCUGGCACCACAAAGAUUACUUUCGUCACUACUGGUGUCUUACUGAGACGAUUGCAGACGUCUGGUGGAAAGCCGCAGGAUGUUGUUGAUGCUUUGGCUGAUGUCAGUCAUGUGGUUAUCGAUGAAGUCCACGAACGCAGUCUAGACACUGAUUUCCUCAUGGUCCUCUUGAGAGACGUGUUGCAGGUUCGUAAAGACCUCAAGCUGAUUCUUAUGUCUGCUACUCUGGAUGCACAAAUCUUCAAGAGUUAUUUUGCUGGCAAGAUGACUGUCAGCACAGUCGAGAUCGAAGGCAGAACUCACCCGGUUCAAGAUAUCUAUCUAGAUGACAUCCUUCGCAUGACUGGCUUUGCUGGCGGUAUCACGGAAGAGGGUGACGAGGAGAGCAGCAAAGAGCCCAGUAUGGGUGCAGCUCUCCGCAGCGUCGGCAUGAGGAUCAACUACGAUCUCAUCUCCGACACCGUACAGACUAUUCACGAGCAACUAGGCUCGCAAGACGGCGGUAUCCUGAUCUUCCUCCCUGGUCUUGCCGAGAUUGAUCGCACACUCAAAACUUUGCAACAUCUUCACCAUAUACAUGCUUUGCCUCUUCACGCCUCACUGCAGCCAGCCGAGCAAAAGCGAGUCUUCCCUCCUGCACCCGCCGGCAAGCGAAAAGUCAUCUGCGCAACCAAUGUCGCCGAAACCUCCAUCACGAUCGAGGACAUCGUUGCCGUAAUCGACUCUGGCCGUGUCAAGGAAACUAGCUUUGACGCUGCAAACGGCAUGACCAAGCUUGAAGAAGUUUGGGCAUCGAGGGCAGCGUGCAAACAACGUCGUGGUCGUGCUGGUCGUGUGCGAGCAGGUACUUGCUACAAACUAUACACCAAGCAAGCCGAAACCACGAAAAUGGCUGAACGCCCUGAUCCAGAGAUCUUGCGUGUGCCGCUGGAGCAGUUAUGUUUGAGCGUAAAGGCUAUGGGUGUGUUGGACGUGCCUUCCUUCUUGUCUCGUGCGAUUACGCCACCUUCUACCUUGGCUGUCAGCGGCGCGUUGACGACUUUGCACCGUAUGGGUGCUCUCGAUGGCGUAGAGCUUACAGCAUUGGGUCGCCAUCUCAGCUCCAUUCCUGCCGACCUGCGUUGCGGCAAGUUACUUGUCUAUGGCGCAGUGUUUGGGUGCUUGGAUGCUUGCCUUACCAUUGCAUCUAUCCUUACCGCACGCUCACCUUUUGUUUCUCCUCCUGCCCGCCGCGAGGAGGCAAAGUCUGCUCGAUUGGCCUUUGCGCCCAAUGGCCAAGGCGAUUUGCUCUGCGAUUUACGCGCUUUUGAGCUUUGGACAUCCAAACGCAGUGAAGGUACUCCCUCAUCUUCUCUGCGUCAAUGGUGCGACUCCAAUUUCCUGUCUUCGCAAACGCUUUUCGAUAUCAACACCAAUCGCCGCCAAUACAUGUCUUCGCUGCAAGAAAUCGGAUUCUUGGGUCCCUCUUCUGCUGCUGCAGAGUUUAACAGCAGAAACGGCAACUUGGCUUUGGUCAGAGCAUUGGUGGCUGCAGCAUUCUCGCCCCAAGUUGCCAGGAUAGAGUUCCCGGACACCAAGUACGCGGCUUCGGUCUCUGGCGCUGUAGCACUGGACCCAGAAGCCAAAACGAUAAAGUACUUUCGCGAGCCCAAUGCUGCUGCUGCUCCUUCCCUUGCUGGAAAGCAAUCUCAACCUCAACAACAACCGGAACAACAGAAUAACUCGCGUUUGUUCGUUCAUCCGAGUAGUGUCUUAUUCUCCUCUGCUCCUGGCAAUGCCUUUCCACCUAGCACGGCAUUCCUGGCCUACUUUUCUUUGCUCAGCACUUCCAAGACAUUUAUUCGCGAUCUCACGCCUUUCAACGCGUAUACUCUACUCUUGUUUGCCGGGGAUAUCAAUCUAGAUACCCAAAACAGGGGAUUGGUGGUCGACGGCUGGAUACGAUUAAAGGGCUGGGCAAGGAUUGGGGUGUUGGUGGGAAGAUUGAGACAGAUGCUGGAUAAUGUGUUGGAAGGCAUGAUUGAGAGGCCGGGCGAACAGUUGGGGAACAAGGAGAAAGGUCUGGUGGAUUUGGUGGCGAGAUUGGUUGAGUUGGAUGGGUUGGAUAGGUAG